AUGGCCUUUGGAGGUGGUGGCUCCAAGGGCGGCUCUUCAGGCUAUGGUGGAGGUGGUAGUGGUAUGUCCUCGAGAGGCAUGUCCGCUGGUGGAGGUUAUGGCGGAGGCAGUGGUGGCGGCGGUAUGUCCGGAUACGGAAUGGGCGGCGGAGGUGGUCAGGUGGUGCAGGCGGCAGUGCAGAGCAAGCACCAGAUCGAGUACAGGGACGUUCCUAGCUCGCAGGAAACAGUUCCAACCACCAUCGAGGUGGGCGCCAACAGUGUCCCUCUGAACAUUCUCUUCCGAAGUGCCUCAUCGAACCUGAACAUUCAGCAGAUGCACGAGGGUGCCGGUGGCAGCAACCAGGAGACCAGCAGCGAGGAUGAGCCCCAUCUGCUGAAGCACCAAGUGACCAAGCCAAUCAUCCAGGAGGAGAUCCAACCAGUGCAGGAGGAGAUUCUCACUAUCGUUGCCCGCGGACAGGACCAGAAGAAGGACAGCUACGGAGGAAGCGGAGGUGGCGGUGCCGGCGGCGCCGGUGGCUACGGAGGCGGUGCCAGCAAAAUGUCGCAGAUGUCCUCGUACGGCGGAAGCGGCGGCGGCGCCGGCGGAAGCUCGGCUGGUGGUCGCAAGGGCUACUAA